CUGACUUUGUCUUUUGAGUACAAUGGUCGGCUCUGAAUUCUUGGACUAUAUUUCGAAGUUCCAAGUGGCUACCUAUGUCGGCGUGGAGGAUUUUGCAGACAAAUUCAACUUCCUUGUAACAGUUAUGAUUUUGCUUCUGUGCACGACGGUUGUUACUGUGAAACAGUACAUGAUGAAGCCGAUAUCCUGUUACAUGGCAACCGAUAUUGGAGGCAAAAAUCUGCUGGAUUAUGUGGAAAAUUAUUGUUGGGUCCAAGGUACCAUCCCAAUUGCGUACGCUGGGAAGAUGCCUGAGACUGACGCUGCUUGGGAAGAAAUGGAAAAACACAAGCUUUUAUACUACCAGUGGGUUCCGUUUGUUCUCGGAUUGCAAUGCAUCAUGUUCUACGUCCCUCGAGUGAUCUGGCAAAUGAUUUGCUACAAUCGCACGGGAACAGACAUCCAGCACUUGGUCCUUAGUGCAAAUCAAGCUGUUCACGCUACUGAUGAUCAGCGGACAAAGAUGAUACAGCAUGUGGCCCGAACUUUGGAACAGAUGCUCUUUCAGCACCAGAGAGCACGUGCCAUGUCCCGAAAUCGAUACAUCCAGUUGCAAACAGCCAAGAUUGGCCAACGUUCCACCGUAACGGCACAGCCCUCGUUAGAACAAGAACGGGUAUAUGGCUACGGUGAUGUGAAACAGACAUCACCAAAAUACCACACUGAUCGAGAAUACAGUGGUCUGGCCGACGAACUGUCCGAACCCAAGUCAAAAAGUCUGAUUGGUCUGUGUUGCUACCAUCUUUGGCGUACCGUUUGCUUCAUCCAUCUGGAUCAUCAUCGAGGCACUUUCCUCUCCUUGGCCUACCUGCUGAUGAAACUGUUGUACCUAGCCAAUGCGGUUAGUCAGUUGCUACUGAUGCAAUACUUCCUCGGCUUCCGCGAAUAUGGAGCCUUUUUUGGUGUGGUAUUGCUGCACAACAUUCUAAGCGGAAAGGAUUGGCAGGCCACACUCAUCUUCCCGCGCGUUGCCUACUGCUAUGCACCGAUCAAGCACCUGGGUACGACCACCAACACGGCUGUGGCACAGUGCGUGUUACCAGUGAACAUGUUGAACGAGAAGAUCUACAUCUUCCUCUGGUGGUGGGUCUUCCUGAUUAUCAUUAUUACGGCUUUAAGUUUGUUACGAUGGUGUCUGCGUACGGCCAGUCGUGUGAAAGGUACCGACUUCGUGAAGAAAUACCUGAUGCUGUCAGAUGUCGCUAUACCGAUCCAUCCAUGUCGCAUAGACGAGUUUUGUCGACGCUUUCUUCGAAGAGACGGCGUGUUUCUGCUGCGGAUGAUAGCCGAGAAUGCAGGUGAGAUGAUUGCUUCUGAAAUAUUGCACACAUUAUGGCUUAGCUACGAUGGGUUAAUAGACCUAAGCAGGUCUCAUGUGGACAAUGAAGACCUCCAGAAGAGCAAGACAGGUUUUGACGAGAUUGCUGAGUGCGGCCCGACUAAAGCUACUGCUCCGUCUGCAGAAACGGCGAAAAGUGAUGUCAAUGAAACAGUGAACCCUUACGGAUCAUUGAGGGAACAUUCGAAUCACAUUUCGCUCCGCGGUACCGACAGACCUUCAGCCAAAGGGGCUGCAACUCACCUGAUUGUUGGUGAAGAUCCACACACUGACCCACGAUUCGGUUCAGUGCUGUCUUCCAUCACAGCUCCUUCAGAUCAUUUUAUGAAACAUUUGAAACACCGGGAAUACCGCAAUGACGUCUGGAGUCACAUUCGUCGUCGGUUGUGGAAAACAUGCAGUCUUUUGGUUGUCAGCAAGAGGCUUGGAACUCGCCUGUUUGCCAUCUAUCUGUUCAUAAAGUGCCUCUACUUGCUUAACGCUGUGGGACAAGUUUUUAUGAUGCAAACGUUUUUGGGUCUUCGGUAUGAUAAUUACAGUUUUUUUGGAAUUGCAAUCGCGCGUGACAUUCUAUCCGGAAAGGAUUGGCAACGAACUCUCGUCUUUCCUCGUGUGGGCUACUGCCUUGUACCCGUUCGUCACAUGGGUGCAAGCAAUUACGUAACCGGACAAUGUGUGCUCCCUGUGAAUAUGUUGAACGAAAGAAUUUAUGUCUUUUUAUGGUUCUGGAUUGUUCUGGCCGCAACUCUGACCGCCAUCAGCAUUCCUACCUGGUUUAUGCGAAUGUCCUACCAAAAGUCACGCACCUGUUUUAUUAAAAAGUAUCUCAAGCUGGGUGAAGUUCUGACUAAAAAAGAUCGAGGUAUGGUCGAGAAGUUCAAACGACAGUUUCUUCGCCAAGAUGGUAUCUUCCUUCUACGUAUGAUCGCCAUAAACGCGGGAGAUUUGAUUUGUUCCGACAUUGUGUGUCAAUUGUGGAAGAUCUUCAAAACUCGAUACUUUUUCCGAGACUUGACGAUGAGCGAUGAGGAACAGGAGGAAGAACACCGUGUGCAACUCAGUCGUGGCACUGUGGAACUUACCGACUUAGAACGAUGUGCAUCAGAUCCGAACCCAACUGCACCACCUGUAGAUGACGAUGUGGAGAACAUGAAGUCAAAGAAGAUAGAAUUUGCAUGA